GUCAGCCCCAGUCUUAUCAGGGUCCCGAUGUCGGCCCGUCAACCCCACCACCAAAAUAAAUUCCAUACAUGAAGCCCCUCGAAAGAGUCAUAUCUCAGAACACCCAAACAUCAGUCUCCGUAGGGAUAUUGAGGAACCAAUUCCUCUUUUAAAAGUCGCUCCUUUUGAACAUACAUCCCCCAAACGCUUCCAUACUUUCUUCGAGCAAUUCAAUUGCCCAUCUACAGAACUCUGCCUCGUCCCAAAUUUCACCGCCCCCACCACCAAGAUGUGUGGUAUCGUGGGUUGUCACCAUGUGCCAGACGCAAAGGCAUUCAAGCCUACGGCUCUGAAGAUGGCCAAGCAAUGUCGGCAUCGUGGUCCGGAUUGGUCGGGAAGCUACAUGGCAAACAACACCAGUCAGUCAUUUAUCAACACUUGAAGUAACUCUUACUGAUCCUUCUCAGUCCUUGCCCACGAACGAUUGAGUAUUGUCGGUGUUGAGAGUGGAGCGCAACCGUUGACCAACGCGGACCAAUCCAUUGCUUUGGCAGUCAAUGGCGAAAUCUAUAACCACAGAUUAGUUCGCAAGAACCUUGAGACACCUUAUCACUUCAAGACACACUCCGACUGCGAAGUUAUCAUCCCUCUGGUGAGAGGCUCCGUCACAUCAUUCAGAUACUCAGUUUUGGGGCUAAUGUUGGAGUAGUAUAUGAAAUAUGGCGUCGAUGCACCAAAACACCUCGAUGGCAUGUUCUCGUUUGUGUUGUAUGACAAGGAGCAAGAUAGAGUUAUUGCAGCACGAGACCCAAUUGGGAUUACCAGCUUCUACCAAGGACGGUCGAGCACGAUGCCAGGAGCGGUCUUUUUUGCCUCGGAACUGAAAUGUUUAGUCGGUGUAUGCGACAAGAUUGUGGCAUUUCCUCCAGGCCAUGUUUAUGACUCAAAAACCGAUAAAGUCACCAGAUAUUUCGAGCCUUCUUGGUGGGAUGCAGAAAAAGUACCUACUACACCAGUGGACUUGAAGAAAGUCCGAGAAAGUUUGGAGAAGUCGGUCCGAAAGCGGUUGAUGGCAGAGGUUCCAUAUGGAGUGUUGUUGUCUGGUGGAUUGGAUUCUAGUUUGGUCGCAUCCAUUGCCCAACGAGAAACUCUUCGUCUGAAGGCUGCGGCUCAAGAGCAGAUUGAUAAUGGGCAAGCCGAAAAGCCUCUAGAUGAAGACCAUGGAGAGGGUCUUGUUGGAAUUGACGAUGACAACAAGUUGUCCACCCUGACAUAUCUUCCACAACUCAACUCCUUCUCCAUUGGAUUACCUGGAGCUCCGGAUACUCAGGCUGCACUUAAGGUUGCAAAAUACCUUGGAACCAAGCACCACGACAUGACUUUCGAAAUUGAAGAUGGCUUGAACGCUUUGUCCGAUGUCAUUUACCACUUGGAGACAUACGAUGUAACCACGAUCCGUGCUUCUACCCCCAUGUUUUUGCUUUCCAGAAAAAUCAAAGCUAUGGGUGUCAAGAUGGUAUUGAGUGGGGAGGGAGCUGAUGAAAUCUUCGGUGGGUAUCUGUACUUCCAUGCCGCACCAGAUAGCAAUGCUUUCCACGCAGAGACCGUUGCCAGAGUGAAAAACUUGCAUGUUGCGGAUUGCUUGAGAGCAAACAAGUCUACAUCGGCAUGGGGUCUGGAAGCUCGUGUUCCAUUCUUGGAUAAAGAGGUGAGAAUAUCCAUAUGGAUAAAUGAGGACAUAGCUAAUGAUCAACACAGUUUUUGGAAACCACGAUGAACAUCGAUCCUCAAGAUAAGAUGAUCACCAAAGAGAAGAUUGAAAAGCACAUUCUUCGUUCGGCCUUCGAUACCAAGAAUGAGCCUGGUGCUAAACCAUACUUGCCAGACGAAAUUCUCUGGAGACAAAAGGAGCAAUUCAGUGACGGAGUCGGUUACGGAUGGAUUGAUGCCCUCAAGGACAACGCCGAGCUCCACGUUACUGAUGAGAUGAUGAAGAACCCAAAGCCCGAAUGGGGAACUGAUAUUCCAGAUACAAAAGAAGCGUAAGUGCAGAAAGUCUCGCUAAAACUGAAAAUGCUAACGAAAUCAAGAUACUGGUACCGAACAAUGUUCGAUGAGCACUUCCCACCAUACUGCGCCGAGAGUGUGGUAAGAUGGGUACCCACCUGGUCAAAACAGACCGAUCCCAGCGGAAGGUAAGCGAGAAGUGUAGAGUCGAGCUUUGAACCGUCGAGCUAACCACUAAAUAAAAUAGGGCCAUCUCAAUCCACAACAAAAAGUACGACGACGUCAAGACCAAGGAAUAAUGGAAUCUUUCUCACCCACAUUUCUCGACUUUUUUUCAUUUGGGGGGCAUGUAACUGGACCUUGGGGGAGAUAGCGGAGUUUGCGUUGGCAUAGAUAGAUGCAGUUUUUGUCUUUUUUGUACAUAAGUUUCACCUAGAGUAUUAAAUUGAUGAUAGAUUCCAUUU